UGGCCUGUUCCAGCCCCUUCCAUGCCCACUGUCCCAGCCCUCACCAGCUCACCCACCCACCAGGAUGGAGGAAGCCGCCUGAGUUACUGGGUGAGAAGUCAUCUUUUCAAGGGGGCUGAGAGUGGGGGCUGCCAGGCCUCCAGGCCCCACCCCCUCCCCUUCUUGCUGUGUGUGACGGGGGAGGACAGCCCACCUCGUGACCUGAGGGGGCUGGCCCAGCUUGCCCCAGCUCAGGAGGAGUGGGCGGGCCAGGGGGGAGCCCUAUAAUUGGACGAAUCUGGGAUCCGUGAGUCCCUGCUCAAUCCCGGAGGCGAAGGACGCGGUUUCCGGAGGCGAAGAGCGCGGUUGGCCAAUCGCAAGCCAGAAGAUGAAGGUUCUGUGGGUUGCCCUGGUGGUCGCGCUUCUGGCAGGAUGCCAGGCGGAUAUGGAGGGAGAGCUGGGGUCCGAGGAGCCCCUGCCUCCGGAGCAGCCCCGGGGGCAGGACAGCCAACCUUGGGAGCAGGUGCUGGGCCGCCUCUGGGAUUACCUGCGCUGGGUGCAGACGCUCUCUGACCAGGUGCAGGAGGAGCUGCUCAACACCCAGGUCAUUCAGGAACUGACGGUGCUGAUGGAGGAGACCAUGAAGGAGGUGAAGGCCUACAGGGAGGAGCUGGAGGGACAGCUAGCCCCCAUGGCCCAGGAGACACAGGCCCGCGUGUCCAAGGAGCUGCAGGCAGCCCAGGCCCGGCUGGGCUCCGACAUGGAGGACUUGCGGAACCGCCUGGCACAGUACCGAAGCGAGGUGCAGGCCAUGCUCGGCCAGUCCACCGAGGAGCUGCGGGCCCGCAUGGCCUCCCACCUGCGCAAGCUGCGCAAGCGCCUGCUCCGCGACGCCGAUGACCUGAAGAAGCGCCUGGCCGUCUACCAAGCUGGGGCCAGCGAGGGCGCUGAGCGCAGUGUGAGCGCCAUCCGCGAGCGCCUCAGGCCCCUGGUGGAGCAGGGCCAAUCGCGGGCCGCCACCCUGAGUACCCAGGCCGCCCAGCCGCUGCUGGACCGCGCCGAGGCCUGGCGCCAGAAGCUGCACGGGCGCCUGGAGGAGGUGGGCGUCCGGGCCCAGGACCGCCUGGACAAGAUGCGCCAGCAGCUCGAGGAGGUGCGCGCCAAGGUCGAGGAGCAGGGCAGCCAGAUACGCCUGCAGGCCGAGGCCUUCCAGGCCCGCCUCAGGAGCUGGUUCGAGCCCCUGGUGGGAGACAUGCAGCGCCAGUGGGCCGGCUUGGUCGAGAAGGUGCAGUUGGCUCUGCACCUCAGCCCCACCUCUCCGCCCAGCGAGAAUCAUUGAGCGCCCGGGCAUCGCCCUGGGGUGCCCCCCCACUCCCACCCCGAGCCUCCGGUGCCCCCAGCCUGCGGGAGGCCCUGCCACUGCCCCAGCUGCCCUCCUGGUGGGCCCUAGCUUAAUAAAGAUUCAUCACGCUUCAUGGCA